CACAAACCAUUCCUCUUUCUUCACGACCGUCUUGUCCCAGGCAGUGCUUGACCGGUGGAUUUCCUUCAAGCAUGUCCCUUUCUUCCCGAGUGUUUGAUGUUUAUAAGAUGCAGAAGGUAGGCGGAUCGAAGAGCAGAGGCUGAAGCUGAAGGUUUGGACAGGGCAUUAAUGGCUAAUUGAUUCGCAAAACUUUUGCCCUAACCCUUGCUUGCUUGAUUCUUGAACUCUUUCGAAUCUCCAAAAUGCAAAAUCAGCUCCAUACUUCACUCUCUUCUUCUGAAGUACUCUUACGUUUGCCUCAACCAUCGCUUGCCCUUUCGCUGUUUUCCAACCCUUCUGCUGACGCUGGCUGCACAACAGAUUCUUCUCUGGACUCGGUUUCAAAUGUUCAGAAUUUGAUCGUCAAUGAAGUUCGCCCCAUGAGAUAUGGACCUGCGGACGAAACUUCUCAAGGAACUUCCAAUUUGCCCACAAUUUUUCAUAAUUCGUGGAGGGACAGCUGGGUGUGUCAAAUUAAUCAAACCAAAACCAACAAUCCAAUGCAAUGUGAAGUUUGUAAAAUUGAUUUUAAUAGCAAGAGUAUGUUUGGAGACCACAUGUCAGGGAAGAGACACAAGAACAUGCAAUUGCACAAUAAUCCCAGCAAUGAAAUAUUAUCAGUAACAUCUAAUGUGAAUUUUCAAAUCCAAGAAAGUAGUGUCCACGGACAAGAGCUAUGUGUACAUGAAGGCAAGGAUUUAAAGUCCAAGGAACGAAAGCUUUUGAGUAGUGGUGAAGCAGAGCAUGCUGAUCAAGUGGACUUGACAUCUAAUAGUGGGAUUGGUCCAGAGAAAAUUAAGGUUGCUCAACCUGUUCAAUGUGAAAUUUGCAUGAUCAAUUGUAAUAGUAACGAUGUUUAUAUCAAACACUUGUCUGGGAAGAAACACUUGAGGAAACUGGAGAAACUAUCUAAAUUAAAAAAUGAUGGUGUAGCUGGUGUCACUACAGCCAUCACAACAAAUGAUUUGCAGCUUGCAUCAAAUCCGGCUUUUGAGAAGCUGGACGCUAAUAAACAAGAACGGAUGAAUUCAUAUCAUCAACCGGAAAAUGCAGUCAUAUUAGGAGCUCCAGAAAAGGACAUUGAAACAAGGAAACGAAAAAAUGAACUUGAAGGUGGGACUUCAUUAACCUCUACCAUGUUUUGCACUCUAUCUAAUGUCAACAAUAAUGAGAAGGUCUUUAAUUUGCCUGAUUUCCCUGCUCAAUGCAAAAUUUGCAUGAUCAAUUGUAAUAGUGAGCAUGUAUAUAUCAGUCAUGUAUCAGGGAAGAAACACAUGAGGAACCUGGAGAAACUAUCAAAAUCAAAAAAUGUUGGGGCUGAUGCUAGUGGAGCCAGUGUGGUUGCAGCCAGUGUGGUUGCAGCCAGGUUGGAUUCAGCAACUGAGCCAUUGGAAAAGUUGGACAGUAGUAAACAGGAAUCCAUCAAUUUACAUCAACCAGGAAUCGCAUUCAUAUUAGAUUCUCCAGAAAAGGACAUUGAAACAAAGAAACAGAAGAUUGAACUUGAAGGUGGUGGGGCUGGAACCUUUUCCUGCAAUCAGAUCAAUGUCAGCAGCCUGGAAAUCCUUAAUUUGCCUGAUUGCCCUGUCCGGUGUGAAAUUUGGAAGAAACACCUGAGGAACCUGGAGAAAUUAUCAAAGUCAAAAAAUGUUGGGGCUGAUGCUAGUAUAGCCGGUGCAGUUGCAGCCACGUUGGAUCCAGCAACUGAGCCAUUGGAAAAGUCAGACUAUAGUAAACGAGAGUCGAUCAAUUUACAUCAACCAGGAAUUGCAUUCAUAUUAGAAGCUCCAGAAAAGUACACUGAAACAGAGAAACAGAAGAUUGAAUUUGAAGGUGGGGCUGGAACCUUUUCCUGCAAUCAGUUCCAUGUCAACAGCCAAGAAGUCCUUAAUUUGCCUGAUUGCCCUAUCCGGUGUGAAGUUUGCUUGAUCGAUUGUAAUAGUAAGCAUGUAUAUAUUGGACAUUUAUCAGGGAAGAAACACAAGAGGAACCUACAGAAUGUAUCAAAAUCAAAAGAUGUUGCAGACGUUAUGCCAGCAAUUGAUAUGCAACAAGAAACGAAUCCAGCAAUUGAGCCACAAGGAAAGCUAGAGACUAAUCCACAAGAAGGGAUGGAUUCACAUAAAUCAGGAAAUAUUGUAGUGGAGUUUGAGGCUCCAGAUAACGAUAUCGAGACGAAGAAACAUGGAAGUGAACUUAUCGAUGCGGCAGCCGCAACUAAUUUUUUCAAAGUGUGCAAUCUAUGUAACGCGCCAUGCAACAGCCAGACGGUCUUUAAUUCUCACCUCCAAGGGAAGAGACAUGCUGCUAAGGUGAAGAAGGAGCUGGCAAAGUCAAAUACUAGUUGGUGGUUUUGAAAUGUGAAAAAUUGAUACGUUGGCACUUGAAGACCUACUAAGUUAUAUUUGGUGUGUUUAGUACAAGUGUUUACUAUUUAAAAAUAAUGAUGACAAAUUACUCUCGGAGAGAGUCACCGUUGUGCCAUUGGAUGACAAGAGCAUCUAAUAUUAGCUCUGGAUGGAAUAGAUGUGUCUAUAUAGUAUCUUCACCUAGGUGGUUCAAAUUAUUAGUGCAGGAUAUAUUGUAUUUGCAUAGUUGUGUCUUCUGAGGAUCUAAUGAGACUAUUGGCCUGUGUGCGAUGUUUCAUUUUGAAUAUAUAUGUAUAUAUAGUAACUGCUUAAUCCCCA